AAUACUUAUUAUGUUGGUCUUAUGGCAUUUGAGCUUACAGAAAGGAACUCAUCUUAUGUCAUGGCUCUAAUUUGCAAGAACUUUUCCAAUAGGAAUGAUUUGCCAACAUUUCCUUACACUAAGAAUUUGUUUCCCUUACAAACUGAGCUACAAAAGAAGAAUCCUAAAGAAUUAGGUGAACUGCCAGAAGUGAAAUUUCCGAAUUUGGAGGAGAACUUGGAAAAAUCAAAUGUAAAUCAAAACUAUUUAGAAGCAAUCACGAAACAGUGCAAUGACUAUAAGUUGAAAAUAACCCCCAACUUUGAAGUUCUUGAAGUCAACUGCUAUAAUCCCAUCAAUGUCAAAGCCUCGUCAAGUGGCUCCUCAAAAAAUAAAAAUGAAGAUAACAUAAACUUGAGUUCUCCAGUAGAGUCUCACAACAUGCUAUCCCAGGCCCAUCUUCAGCAGCUUAGUGAUCAUAAGCAGCACGGGGCUUUCCAAAUUUCUGGAUAAAUUAAUAAUUGAAUCAAACAACUUCUAUUUUAAAGGGUAACUGUGUUUAGUAAAUAAUGUAAGCAACUACUUCACAGUAACUCCAAUACAGUGUCACAAAAUUACUAAAAAUCAUAUUAAGUUAAUUGGGAAUGGCAUCUUU